AUGUACCAAGUGUUUCCUUUUUUUGUUGCUGCGAAUUUCGCCCUGCCGAAGCUCCGUCUGCCCGUGGAGAUGUGGUCUACCAUUUUUCGAUUUUUGGACCCUUCAUCUCUUUUGAACGUUGUUCGAACGGAUGGACUAUGGCGUGAAAUCAGUCAAGGAGAUCCAAUUUUGCGAAGAACAGUUCAGGAAGAAUUGGAUGCCCAACGUCAAAGACAACGACAAGAGAUUUUGAAUCCGGGUUUGUUGAUGACGAUUGAGCGGAAAGGACCAACAAAAAUGUUUGGAACCAAUGGUACAAAAACGGUUCGUUGCAGACCUCCAACUGUGAUCCAAAAACCACCCGUUGAAUUUUUGAGACCUGUUGAAGAGAAAACCAAACAACGAUGCAAUGGUGAAGGACCACAACGAAACAAGAAAAAUAUUCGAGCCCAACCUUAUAAGUUGUUAAGAUUGUAA